AUGUCGAAAUCACUUAUGUCUAGGAUGAAGAGGGUCACCCCUAGUUUAUGUCCUAAUACUGACAAUUCACAGUUUUCUACUACUGAGUGGGCCAACAUAGAUAUUCCGGCAGGAGUAGCUACGGAUAAAAUUUAUACAAUCGAAGAAGCAGAGCUUCUUCGUGUAUCUUGGUUUGAUUGUUUCUUGGAUCUGAGUUCUUCUAAUUUCAAACCAAAUACUUUGUACACAGUAAAUAUUGAGGUGAAGUUGAGAGAUGGUUGCAAUGGAUGGGAUGGUUCUUUGAUCAAGAAAAUCGUGUUGCCAGAUGGGAAUGUGAUAAAGUCUGAAGAAAUACUAUAUGGUAGGCCAAAAAACGUGUGGUUCAAUAUCUUGAUAGGAAAGUUUAAACUUGACCAAAGUGGGUUGGUCCGAUUUCAGUUGUCUCAAUAUGAUACAAAUUGGAAGUCGGGGAUUAUCAUAAGAGCCCUUGUGGUGGAAACAUAA